UUAAGGAUUGUUAUUGGCUGGUCCUCGUGAACCCUGGAUCGCGGGGGAGCCAUUACCCCUGUUUUACCGGAGAGGAAACUGAGGCUGAGGGAGGUGGUCCCCACCCACGUGACCCAGAAAUUGUUGUGCCUUUGGAUAGACUACUGAUCACAGAAAGAUGGCCGAAAGUAGUGGAAAGGAAAAAGUGAAGUGGGUUACAACUAUCAUUAUGAGCUCAUCUCUUCAGAGCCACGAAGUCGCAGCCAUCUUUAAAAAUGAGAACCACAGAAUUCGUUAUUCAAAUUCAGUAGAGCCUGGAUCCAUUAUUUUUUCUCUUUCUGGAGUUGCAUUUUUACUACGAGACGCCCAGGACUGUCUUAUGACAACUGAAGAAACCCUUCUGGCCCAAAUUGAGAAGUUCAUCAGGAUCCACCGGAACAGCUUUUUGGCCCUGUCCGCAGCCUUCCAUGGCCCUCGAGAAUGGCAGCUGAUGUCCAGGAUUCAGCAGAGAUUCCUGGGUGAUAAUUUACGCAUCAUUCCAGUCCACAGCCCAUCAGAUGCUGUUAAACUUAUGACCAUGAUAGCCAAGAGCACUUGCAAACCAUAUAUUGACAACAUUCAUUACAGAAUGAUUAUGGCUAAAGCCCAGAUCAUAGAGCAGAGUCCUGUUUGGAAAACCCUUCAUAAGAUACAACUGAAUUGUGAUUCCCUUAAUAUGAAUUAG